AUUUGGAGUCGUGGAGAUUUCACGGUUUUUCCAGAAUGGGAGAAAGGACAGAUUGUACGAAGUCGCAUAGUUCACUGGCUGAAUACAGCCCAGUAAAUAAAUCAGACAGGACAGAUCCAAGUGACCGCUGUGAAAUGCAGGAUGGAAACCAAAAUACAGUGCAACUGAAGAAAGAAAUAUCUUUGAUAAAUGGGAUAAGCCUUAUAGUAGGCAACAUGAUUGGUUCAGGUAUCUUUGUCUCUCCCAAAGGAGUUCUCAUCUACAGCAAGUCUUAUGGAUUGUCUCUAGUAAUUUGGGCAAUUGGAGGGAUUUUUUCAGUCUUUGGAGCUCUCUGCUAUGCUGAACUUGGAACCACUAUUACGAAGUCAGGAGCCAGCUAUGCAUAUAUCUUGGAAUCUUUUGGGAGCUUCAUUGCUUUUAUUCGUUUGUGGACCUCACUCCUAAUUGUUGAACCAACUAGUCAGGCAAUUAUUGCCAUCACCUUUGCUAACUACAUAGUCCAACCUUUCUUCCCUUCUUGUGAUCCUCCGUACUUGGCUUGCCGUCUCAUAGCAGCUGCUUGUGAAUGUCUUCUAACAUUUAUAAAUUGUGCCUACGUUAAAUGGGGAACACGGGUGCAGGAUAUAUUUACUUAUGCUAAAGUUACUGCUCUUAUUGUCAUCAUCAUAACUGGACUUGUUAAAAUAUGCCAGGGACAUUCAUCGUACUUUGAGAACUCUUUUGAGGGAUCCUCUUUUGAUGUUGGAGACAUUUCCCUUGCACUCUACUCUGCCUUGUUCUCUUACUCUGGCUGGGAUACACUCAAUUUUGUAACAGAGGAAAUAAAAAACCCAGAAAGGACCCUGCCACUGGCUAUUGCAGUGUCUAUGCCAAUUGUGACUGUUAUCUAUAUUAUGACCAAUAUAGCUUACUAUACAGUGCUGGAUGUUAAAGCUGUUCUUUCCAGUGAUGCUGUGGCAGUGACAUUUGCCGACCAGGUAUUUGGUAUCUUCAGCUGGACAAUUCCCAUUGCUGUAGCCUUUUCUUGUUUUGGUGGACUUAAUGCUUCAAUUUUAGCAUCAUCAAGGCUGUUUUUUGUAGGAUCUCGAGAAGGUCACCUUCCUGAUCUGUUGUCUAUGAUCCACAUAGGCAGGUUCACACCUGUGCCAGCACUGCUCUUCAAUUGUGCCAUGACCCUUAUUUACCUGGCUGUGGAAGAUGUCUUCAAGCUUAUUAAUUACUUCAGUUUCAGUUACUGGUUUUUUGUUGGUCUGUCUAUUGCUGGGCAAUUAUAUCUACGUUGGAAGGAACCAGAUCGACCCAGGCCUCUUAAGCUGAGUGUGGCUUUCCCAAUAAUAUUCUGUAUAUGCACAGUAUUUCUGGUGGUGGUGCCACUCUAUAGUGAUACUAUAAAUUCAUUGAUUGGAAUUGCCAUUGCUUUAUCUGGAAUUCCAGUCUUUUUCUUGGGAGUCUAUUUACCUGCAUCAAGGAGACCUCAGUUUAUCAACAAGAUUUUAGGUAAGUUCCUUUGUAGAUGGAGGUGUUAUGAAAGACGAAAAUUAAAUAA